CCGGGGCCGGGAAGAUGGUGGUGGCCGUGGGCUGAGGGACUCGGUCGGAGGGCCGGUGGCCGAGCCAGGGCUGGUGGCUGGCGGCGCUGCAGCCGCGGCCCCCUCCCCCGCCUCCAUCACUACCAGCCGGCCUCAAGGCCUAGCCGGCCGGGGCUGCGGCGAACUUCCUCCCAACGCGGCCCGUGCAUCGCCGGCCGUCCCCCGCCGCGCGCACCUCGGCCUCUGCGUCCCCUCAGGUUGAUGCGGGCACAGUAUGGAUCAGACUUGCGAACUCUCUAGAAGGAAUUGUCUGCUGUCCUUUUCUAAUCCAGUGAAUUUAGAUGCCCCCGAAGACAAGGACAGCCCUUUCGGUAAUGGUCAAUCCAAUUUUUCUGAGCCACUUAAAGGGUGUACUAUGCAGUUACCGACUGCCAGUGGAACAUCCCAAAAUGCUUAUGGACAAGAUUCUCCAUCUUGUUACAUUCCACUGCGGAGACUACAGGAUUUGGCCUCCAUGAUCAAUGUAGAGUAUUUAAGUGGGUCUGCUGAUGGAUCAGAGUCCUUUCAAGGCCCUGCAAAAAGCGAUUCAAGAGCUCAGUCGCCAGUUGUUCGCACUUCCUUGAGUCCUGGUGGUCCAACAGCACUUGCUAUGAAAGAGGAUCCCUCUUGUAAUAACUCCCCCGAACUCCAGUUGAGAGUAACAGAGACGACCAAGAAUGGCUUUCUGCACUUUGAGAAUUUUACUUGUGUGGACGAUGCAGAUGUAGAUUCUGAAAUGGACCCAGAACAGCCAGUCACAGAGGAUGAGAGUAUAGAGGAGAUCUUUGAGGAGACUCAGACCAAUGCCACCUGCAAUAAUGAGCCUAAAUCAGAAACUGGUGUAGAAAUGGCCGUGAGACGUGAACAAGACAGCUCACCAGAGAGUAGACAUGGUGCAGCCAAACGGCCAUUCUUGCCUUUAGCUCCUGAAACUGAAAAACAGAAAAAUAAACAAAGAAGUGAAGUGGACGGAAGCAAUGAAAAAACAGCCCUCCUCCCAGCCCCCAUUUCACUAGGAGAUACAAACAUUACCAUAGAAGAGCAGUUUAACUCAAUAAAUUUAUCUUUUCAGGAUGAUCCAGACUCCAGUACCAGUACAUUAGGAAACAUGCUAGAAUUACCCGGAACCUCAUCAUCAUCCACUUCACAGGAAUUGCCAUUUUGUCAACCGAAGAAAAGGUCUACACCACUGAAAUAUGAAGUUGGAGAUCUCAUUUGGGCAAAAUUCAAGAGACGCCCAUGGUGGCCCUGCAGGAUUUGUGCUGAUCCAUUGAUUAAUACACACUCAAAAAUGAAAGUCGCCAAUAGGAGGCCCUAUCGAGAAUACUACGUGGAGGCUUUUGGAGAUCCUUCUGAAAAAGCCUGGGUGGCUGGAAAAGCAAUCGUCAUGUUUGAAGGCAGGCAUCAAUUUGAAGAACUACCUGUCCUUAGGAGAAGAGGGAAACAGAAAGAAAAAGGAUAUAGGCAUAAGGUUCCUCAGAAAAUUUUGAGCAAAUGGGAAGCCAGCGUUGGUCUUGCUGAGCAAUAUGAUGUUCCCAAAGGAUCUAAGAACCAAAAAUGUGUCACCAGUUCAAUCAAGUUGGACCGUGAAGAAGCUAUGCUAUUUGAGGACUGUACAAAUAACCCUGAAUCGGAGCAUGACCUGUUGUUUAAUGGCUGCCUGAAGUCUCUGGCUUUUGAUUCUGAGCAUUCUGCAGAUGAAAAGGAAAAGCCCUGCGACAAGUCUCGAGCUAGAAAAAGCUCUGAAAAUAUAAAAAGGACUAGUGUGAAAAAGGGCCUCCUGCCAUUUGAAGCACAUAAAGAGGAACAGAGGGGAAAAAUUCCAGAGAACCUUGGCCUAAACUUCAUCUCUGGUAGUGUGUCUGAUAAACAGGCUUCAAAUGAACUUUCCAGGAUAGCAAAUAGUCUCACAGGGUCUAAAACUGCACCAGGAAAUUUCCUCCUUUCUUCAUGUGUGCAGAGCACUGAUAAGACAGAUUUUGAGACUUCAAAUUGUGAUUCUUUAUCAGGUUUGUCUGAGAGUGCUUUGAUUUCUAAGCAUUGUGUAGAGAAAAAGAAACUCCAGCCAGGCUUGGUGUGCAGCUCAAAAGUACAGCUCCGCUAUAUUGGAGCUGGUGAUGAGGAAAAGCGAAGUGAUUCUAUUAGUGUAUGUACCACUUCUGAUGAUGGGAGCAGUGAUCUGGAUCCUAUAGAACACAAUCCAGAAUUUGAUAACAGUGUCGUUGAAAUUACAGAUGCUUUUGAUAGGACAGAGAAUGCUUUACCCAUGCACAAAAAUGAAACAAAGUAUUCUAAAUAUCCUGCCACAAACAGAGUAAAAGAAAAACAGAAGUCCCUUAUCACUAAUUCUCAUACAGACCUCUUAAUGGAUUCUGCCAAGACAGUGGAAGCUGGAACUGCUGAGAUGUCUCAGGUCGAUUGUUCUGAUCUUAAAGUCUGUACUCCUGUUCCUAAACCCCAACCAGAAUUUAGAAAUGACAGUCUUACUCCAAAAUUCAGUGCACCACCAAGCAUUUGUAGUGAUAACUCCUUGACAAAGGGUGGGGCUCCAAAUCAAACUCUGUUACCUUUAAAAAGCAGACCGCCCAAGUUCCGCAGUAUAAAAUGCAAGCAUAAAGAAAACCCAGCUGAUGCAGAAUCCUCGGCUACAAAUGAGGACCUCAACUUGAACUGCUGUUCUUCUGAUACCAAAGGCUCUCCUUUGGCCAGCAUAUCCAAAAGUGGGAAAGUAGAGGGCCUAAAACUACUGCAUAAUAUGCAUGAGAAAACCAGAGAUUCAAGUGACAUAGAAACAGCGGUGGUGAAACAUGUUCUGUCAGAGUUGAAGGAACUCUCCUACAGAUCGUUAAGUGAGGAUGUCAGCGACUCUGGAACAUCAAAGUCAUCAAAGCCAUUACUGUUUUCUUCUGCUUCUAGUCAGAAUCAUAUACCUAUUGAACCAGACUACAAAUUUAGUACAUUGCUAAUGAUGCUGAAAGACAUGCAUGAUAGUAAGACUAAGGAGCAACGGUUGAUGACUGCUCAAAAUCUGGCUUCCUACCGUACUCCAGAUUGUGGGGACUGUUCUACUAGUAGCCCUGCAGGGACAUCAAAGGUUUUGCUGUUAGGAGGUUCCACACACAAUUCUGAAAAAACUGGAGAUAGUACUCAAGACGCUGUCCGACUGAAUUCUAGUGAGGGUGACUCUGCCUUGUCUGGAGAAUUGUCUUCUUUGUCUGGCUUAGCUUCUGACAAAAGAGACCCUGCUUGUGGUAGAAGUCGCACAAACUGUAUUCCAAGGCGCAACUGUGGCCGAGCAAAGCCAUCACCCAAAUUGAGAGAAGCAGUUUCAGCCCAGAUGGCAAAACCCCCAAUAAACCCAAAAACCUUAAAGAUCCAGAGGAAAAGAAAGUUGAAUCGACCUCCAGCCGUGAGCAUUGGUGCUAACCUUUUGGGAGACAAAGAAAGUGGGAGUUUAGUGAACGGCCCAUCAAGGGGUGGGGCUGAGGAUCCUGGUAAAGAAGAGCCUCUUCAGCAGAUGGGCCAUUUAAGAAAGGAAGACGGCCAUUUUUCUGAAGUACAUUUUGAUAGCAAGGUUAAACAAUCUGACCCUGAUAAAAUUCUUGAAAAAGACCCUUCUUCUGAGAACAGGAAAGGCCCAGAGCUGGGGUCUGAAAUGAACGGUGAGAAUGAUGGACCCCAAGGUGUUAAUCAAGUGGUGCCUAAAAAGCGGUGGCAGCGAUUAAACCAAAGGCGCCCUAAGCCUGGAAAACGCACUAACAGAUUUAGGGAGAAAGAAAACUCUGAGGGUACCUUUGGAGCCUUGCUUCCUGGUAACCCUGUGCUGAAGGGGCAGGAUGACUACUUGGAACCAAGAGCUCCUCCUACAAGCAUACUUGAGGACUCAGCAGCAGAUCCCAAUCAUGUUGGCCACUUGGAUUCAGUUGGGCCACGACUAAAUGUUUGUGAUAAAUCCAGUGUUAGCAUGGGUGAUGUGGAAAAAGAGACAGGAAUUCCCAAUUUGACACCACAGACCAAGCUCCCUGAGCCAGCUAUUCGGUCAGAGAAGAAACGUCUUAGGAAGCCAAGCAAGUGGCUUCUGGAAUAUUCAGAAGAAUAUGACCAGAUAUUUGCUCCUAAGAAAAAACAAAAGAAGGUACAGGAACAAGUGCAUAAGGUAAGUUCCCGCUGUGAAGACGAAAGCCUUCUUGCCCGAUGUCGCUCUAGUGCUCAGAACAAGCAGGUGGAUGAGAAUUCUUUGAUUUCAACUAAAGAAGAGCCUCCAGUUCUUGAAAGAGAGGCUCCAUUUUUGGAAGGGCCCUUGGCUCAGUCAGAUCUUGGAGUUGGACAUGCUGAGUUGCCACAGCUGACCUUAUCUGUUCCUGUGGCUCCAGAAGUCUCUCCGCAGCCUGCCCUUGAGUCUGAGGAAUUGCUUGUUAAGACACCAGCUUGCGCUGAAUUUUCAAAGCAUCUAAGGAAAAUUAUGUGCAUUUCAGGAAAUUAUGAAAGUAAGCGUCAAAGAAAACCGACUAAGAAACUUCUUGAAUCCAAUGAUUUAGACCCUGGAUUUAUGCCCAAGAAGGGUGAUCUUGGCCUUUCUAGAAAGUGCUUUGAAGUGGGUUCUUUGGAGAAUGGCAUCGUUGACUCACGUGCUACAUCUCAUUUGAAAGAGUAUCGUGGAGGCACAACCAAGAUAUUUGAUAAACCAAGGAAGCGAAAACGACAAAGGCAUGUUACAGCCAGAGUACACUAUAAAAAAGUGAGAAAGGACGGCUCCUCAAAAGAGGCUCCACGCUCGGAGGGAGAACUGAUGAUUCACAGGACUGCUGCCAGCCCCAAGGAGAUUCUUGAAGAUGGUGUAGAACAUGAUCCUGGGAUGUCUGCAUCCAAAAAAUUGCAGGGUGAACGCGGUGGAGGAGCAGCACUCAAGGAGAAUGUUUGUCAGAACUGUGAAAAACUGGGUGAGCUGUUACUAUGUGAGGCUCAAUGCUGUGGGGCUUUCCACCUGGAGUGCCUUGGCCUAACUGAGAUGCCGCGAGGAAAAUUUAUCUGCAAUGAGUGUCGCACAGGAAUCCAUACCUGUUUUGUAUGUAAACAGAGUGGGGAAGAUGUGAAAAGGUGCCUUCUGCCCUUAUGUGGAAAGUUUUACCAUGAACAAUGUGUCCAGAAGUACCCACCAACUGUCACGCAGAACAAGGGCUUCCGGUGCCCCCUGCACAUCUGUAUAACUUGCCAUGCUGCUAAUCCAGCCAAUGUAUCUGCUUCUAAAGGUCGUUUGAUGCGUUGUGUCCGAUGUCCUGUGGCCUACCAUGCUAAUGACUUUUGUCUUGCUGCUGGGUCAAAAAUCCUUGCAUCUAAUAGUAUCAUCUGCCCUAAUCACUUCACCCCUAGGCGGGGCUGCCGAAAUCAUGAGCAUGUUAAUGUCAGCUGGUGUUUUGUGUGCUCAGAAGGAGGCAGUCUUCUGUGCUGUGACUCCUGUCCUGCUGCUUUCCAUCGUGAGUGCCUAAACAUUGAUAUUCCUGAAGGAAAUUGGUAUUGCAAUGACUGUAAAGCUGGCAAAAAACCACACUAUAGGGAGAUUGUCUGGGUGAAGGUUGGUCGAUACAGGUGGUGGCCAGCUGAGAUCUGCCAUCCUCGAGCUGUACCCUCUAACAUUGAUAAAAUGAGACAUGAUGUGGGAGAGUUCCCUGUUCUCUUCUUUGGGUCUAAUGACUAUCUAUGGACUCAUCAGGCCCGAGUUUUUCCUUAUAUGGAAGGAGAUGUGAGCAGCAAGGAUAAAAUGGGAAAAGGAGUGGAUGGAACAUAUAGAAAAGCUCUUCAGGAAGCUGCAGCGAGGUUUGAAGAGUUAAAGGCCCAAAAAGAGCUAAGACAACUGCAAGAAGAUCGAAAGAAUGACAAGAAGCCACCACCUUAUAAACAUAUAAAGGUGAACCGACCUAUUGGUAGGGUACAGAUCUUCACUGCAGACUUGUCAGAAAUUCCCCGUUGCAACUGUAAAGCUACUGAUGAGAAUCCCUGUGGGAUAGAUUCAGAGUGCAUCAACCGGAUGUUGCUCUAUGAGUGCCAUCCCACAGUGUGUCCUGCUGGAGGGCGCUGUCAAAACCAGUGCUUCAGCAAGCGCCAGUAUCCAGAUGUCGAAAUUUUCCGCACAUUACAGAGGGGCUGGGGUCUCCGGACAAAAACAGAUAUUAAAAAGGGUGAGUUUGUGAAUGAGUAUGUGGGUGAACUAAUAGACGAAGAAGAGUGCAGAGCUCGAAUCCGUUACGCACAGGAACACGAUAUCACUAAUUUCUAUAUGCUCACUCUAGAUAAAGAUCGAAUUAUUGAUGCUGGGCCGAAAGGAAACUAUGCUCGGUUCAUGAACCACUGCUGCCAGCCUAACUGCGAAACACAGAAGUGGUCUGUGAACGGGGAUACGCGUGUUGGUCUUUUUGCUUUGAGUGACAUUAAAGCAGGCACUGAACUUACCUUCAAUUACAACCUAGAAUGUCUUGGGAAUGGAAAAACUGUCUGCAAAUGUGGAGCCCCGAACUGCAGUGGCUUCCUGGGUGUGCGGCCAAAGAAUCAACCCAUUGUCACUGAAGAAAAAUCCAGGAAAUUCAGGAAGAAGCAACAUGGGAAGCGCAGGAGCCAGGGUGAAGUCACAAAGGAGAGAGAGGAUGAGUGUUUCAGCUGUGGGGAUGCUGGUCAGCUCGUCUCCUGCAAGAAGCCAGGCUGCCCGAAAGUUUACCAUGCUGACUGUCUCAAUCUGACCAAGCGACCAGCAGGGAAGUGGGAAUGUCCUUGGCACCAGUGUGACGUAUGUGGGAAGGAAGCAGCCUCCUUUUGUGAGAUGUGUCCCAGCUCCUUUUGCAAGCAGCAUCGAGAAGGGAUGCUUUUCAUUUCCAAGCUCGAUGGGCGUCUGUCUUGUACUGAACAUGAUCCCUGUGGGCCCAACCCUCUGGAACCAGGGGAGAUCCGUGAGUAUGUGCCGCCCCCAGUGCAACUGCCUCCAAGCCCCAGCACUCAACUGACAGAGCAGUCAUCAGGAAUGGCUACUCAGGGACCCAAGAUGCCUGAUCAGCCACCUACUGAUGCCACCCAGACGCUGCCAGUCUCCAAAAAAGCCCUGACAGGGACUUGUCAGAGGCCACUGCUACCUGAAAGACCUGAGAGAACUGAGUCUAGCUCCCACCUUUUAGAUAGGGUUAGAGACCUUGCUGGGUCAGGGACCAAAUCCUUGGUAUCCAACCAGAGGCCACAGGACAGACCACCUGUUAAAGAAGGACCAAGACCUCAGCCAUCUGACAAAGCCUCUUCAAUGACCAAGCCAAGCUCCUCACCCUCAGUCAGGUCCCUGCCACUGGAAAGACCUCUGGGAAUGAUUGACCCAAGGCUGGAUAAAUCCAUAGGUGCUGCCAGCCCAAAGUCCCAGUCAGUGGAGAAAUCCCCAGCCCCCACUGGCCUGAGACUUUCACCACCAGAGAGACUGUUGACUACCAGCAGUCCCAAACCCCAGAUUUCUGAUAGGCCCCCAGACAAAUCCCAUGCCUCUUUGACCCAGAGACUUCCUCCUCCUGAGAAAGUACUAUCAGCUGUGGUCCAGUCUCUGGUAGCUAAAGAAAAAGCACUGAGGCCUGUGGACCAGAACACUCAGUCAAAGCACAGACCUGCGCUAGUGAUGGAUCUCAUAGACUUAACUCCUCGCCAAAAGGAGAGGGCUGGAUCUCCGCAUGAAGUCACACCACAGGCUGAUGAAAAGACGCCAGUGCUGGAGUCAAGCUCUUGGUCAUCUAGCAAAGGUCUGGGGCACAUACCACGAGCUGUGGAGAAAAGCAGCGUGUCAGAGUCCCUUCUGCCAGCUGGGAAAGCAGCAGCUCCUUCAGAACACCCUUGGCAAGCUGUUAAGUCACUCACCCAGGCCAGACUUCUUUCUCCAUCUUCUGCCAAGGCUUUUUUAUAUGAAUCAGCAACUCAAGCCUCAGGAAGAGCUCCUGUAGGAGCUGAGCAGACCCCAGGACCUCCCAGCACAGCGCCCAGCCUCAUUAAACAGGGAAAGCAGCUAUCUAGAGGACUUACUGCCAAGAGUGGGCAGUCCUUCAGGUCUCUUGGGAAGAUCCCAGCUUCUCUCCCCAAUGAAGAGAAGAAGUUGACCACAGAACAGAGUCCCUGGGGCCUGGGAAAAGCCUCACCAGGGGCAGGGCUUUGGCCCAUAGUGGCUGGACAAACACUAGCCCAAGCUUGCUGGUCUACUGGGGGCACACAGACAUUAGCACAAACUUGUUGGUCCCUUGGAAGAGGGCAAGACCCCAAACCAGAGCAAAAUACAAUUCAAGCUCUUAACCAGGCUCCUUCUAGUCGCAAAUGUGCAGAGUCAGAACAGAAAUAAUGCAGUAAAUAUCACAUAACCAGGCAAGCUGUCCCCAGGGUGCCGUUGGGUUUGGGGGGCGGGGAUAAUCCUUUUUUCCCUUUCCUUCUUAAACAGAAAUAUUCCCAACACUUCCACUGUUCUUCUUUUCUUAUAUCCCAACACUCAGAACUCUCGUGGCAUUAGCCCAUGGGGACUUGUGGUUGUGUGAACCAUGUAUGGAAAUCGUCGGGCCCCAGUCAAGGAGACAGACAGACUUGAGUCUCUUUGCCCUAACUUUUACAUAUGGUCAACUUAAAAUAAAAAGUCCACUCUGGAAUCAAGCAUGGAAUUCAAUUCCAGUGAUCAAGUUGGAAAGUAUAGAGGCUCACAAAGCUACUUCCCUGGCCCAGCAGUGCCCCGUUGAGAACACCUGAUAAACCUUUAGGAGGAUCUGAUGCUCAUUCAAAUCACUGGCAGUUUUCUGAGUAUUGCUGUAUGCUAGGUCAGGAGGCUAGUCACUGUGUAAGACAGAAUUACAUAAGGCCUGAUCCCAAUGAGCCUGACUUGCCUGCUUGGGUCCCCAAGCAGAUUCAAGGACCUCUGACCAGGAAACAACAGAAAGUACUGCUAGGCCAUGGGUUUCCAGGUUUGUUCUCAAAUAUUUUUGUGUGUAUGUAUGCGUGUGUGGCCCAGAAUGUGUCUGUAUUGAACAUGUUUCCUGGUGGACCGUGCGUGCAUGUGCGUGCCUGCAAAGCUCUUCUCUGUAAAUGGAAGGGUGCUACAUCAAGGCCAAGGCGGGCUGUUGACUGGGACUUUUACCUGUGUAUUGCAGUCUGAAGAUUUGUUCUUGGAGGAGCAUCAGGUUAGAGGGAGCUGGUUUCUGAGAAUGUAGUGUCCCAGAAGUGGACAAAGGAAAUUGGCAAGCUUACCUUUCUUUUCUACCAAUAAUUCUUUUUCUAAGAACCUACCCCAUCCACAUUUCCUCAAACACUCAGGUGCUUUCAGAUUUCAGUCUCGGGCAGUGGACAUAGGGAAUUUCUGGCAAACUCCUAGCAAGACACACCACCUUCUUCAAGAAGAGUGUCAGAUUCUGAUGGAAAUUUUCUUCCGGUCUCAUGCCCUCCUACCUGAAGGGAGGGAACUCUCUCCACCUCCCUGUAAAUUAUUGUGCUUUCUGUUACAGAGAGCACAUGCCUGGUCACUUAGCUCAAUGGCAAGCCAGAACCCUUCCCCAAGACUGGAGAGACGUGGUGUUUGGAGCAGUGUCCAAUCUAAGACGACUCCUCGUAACUGCUGAUUAUCUGUUACUGCUGCCCUGAGCUGGGGCCCAAGGGCUGGGAAUCUGUUGGUGCUACCCUGCCCUUCCAUUUCCCCAGCUCACAAACUGCCAACAGAAAGUGCUGUUUGGCUAGUUCUCUCACAUUCACCCUGCCCCUUGUCCUCAGACCAUGUGUUCGUUUACCUGUCUGCUUUGCCAACGUAGUAUCUUUAGCUAACAAAUAGCAUCUCCUGGCCAAAACAUCUGGCCUUUCUGUCCCAGUUACAGCUUUUAUACCCUCAACAGGAUUCUGUUUGCCCCAGGUUCCUCCUAAGUUCCUGUUGAGGUUAGCUCCCAUCACUUUUCAAAAGGAAAGAACAGUGGUGGUUACUAAAGCAUUUGUACUUUAUAUAAAAAUUGAGAGUAGUGUCUGCUUUUAUUUCCCCAAGUCUGUCUCUGGGGUAGAAACUCCUGAACUCAGGCAGAGGGAUGAGGCUAGGACAGGGCUGACCCGAGUUUGGGGGCUAGUCCCUGCACCUCUCUGAGACCUCAGAAUCUCCUCUCUGAAUUACGCCUGCCUCGUUCUCCCCUUUCCUCCUCUCUUUCCACAUCAUCAGAGUAAGAAAAGCUCUGUGUUCAAAAGGAAGAGAAAACAUAAAGCAUCUUAUUUUCUUUUAAAAAAAUUUUUAAACCAUGAAGAAAAUAUUUUUAAAGAAAUUCACCCAGGAAAUUAAAGUUCACUAUAUUGCAUAUUUAUCAUGUGUGAGAAUAGAAGUAUAUAACUGCAGCUAGUAGACCCCUUUCCUGAUUUCUUAGGUUGUGUGCGUAGGUUUGCUUGGUGCCAGUCCUGUGCCCUUUGCUCUCCUGUCAUCUGUAGUUGUGAUCAGAAACAGAUGUCUGCACUGCACUGUCAGAGUCUCCGUUCACUAUGUUGUGUGUUUGAUUACCGUAGCUCUGUUUCAUGAAAUAAACUGUGAAUUGGGGGGUGGGGGGUGCAGGCUAUGUAAAAAUUUUAAGUGAAGUUUAGUUUUGACUUAACUUCUCUAAAAUAGGUUUCAGUAGUUAAUUGGCUUUGACAGCUCUCUAGAAGCAUCUCACAGAACAGGAGGGAGGAAUGGGGUCACGAUUGGCCACUUGUGUUUGUUGCGAUAUUUUCAUUCACCGCCAUUCUUUGGAGCCUUCCUUCCAGACCUGCCGGGAAAACAUCUGAACUGUGUACUUGUGGGGUGGAGGGAGUGAGGGGCAUGGGUGAGAAACAACCCUUCUAAUGACAGGCACAUUUUGUUCAGGGCCACUGAAAGUUGAGUAGGAACUAGACAUUUGAGCGGAGAGAGACCCACAGCUAACAGCAUGAGUCGUGUUAAAAUAGAGUAUUGGUUACUGUCCUUCAGUGACAAGUGCUUAGGGAACAGGGACUUGAGUGUGAUGGUGGGAAGAGGGUGACCUUGCAGUUCUGGGCUGCGUUUGAAUCCUGUAAUAACCCUUUCUUUGAGGGUGUGAAUUGGCAACACAGAAAAUCUUUUUUUUUUUUUUUUUGGUUUUUCGAGACAGGGUUUCUCUGUGGUUUUGGAGCCUGUCCUGGAACUAGCUCUUGUAGACCAGGCUGGACUUGAACUCACAGAGAUUCGUCUGCCUCUGCCUCCCGAGAACACAGAAAAUCUUAUUGGAAACUUCUGAUCAUUGGACAGGUUGUAUUUUGGCAUUGGCAUUUGGCUGAGUUCUUGAAAUUUGGAUUGCCAGAGAAUCUACCUGUGAGACAGCACCUAGGAAGUUCUUCCCAGGGACAAGCCAAAGGCAGAAAUGCUCCUAGGUAGUGACUACACUUCUUGUUUAGAGGGGAAAAGGGGUGGAAUUGUUGAAAUUUGCAUUUAAAACUUCAUUUGUUCUUCCUGUUGGAGCCAACCCAUUUUAAUAGAAGGUAGCCACCAUUUACAACACCCCCCCCAGUAUUUUUAGAUGUCUGCUUCCCUAAAAUUACUGAGUUUGAAAUUAUUUGCAUAACUGUCAAUUUUUUUUUUUAACGAAUUCUGCAUCUUUGGUAUUCAUAUCCUCUACCCCACACGUACAGUCUGGCUUGAAGUGCAGUAGUAGUGAGCCUUCGUGGCUCUGCACUGUCAGUUCACUGCGGCUGAACUUUGAGAUUGUAUUCCAGUGUUGUUCCACAGCUGACAGGAAGGAUGUCUAGGUUGUCCAUGCAGGGCAAUCAGGAGAGCAUUCAAUCAGAUGGGUCUUGCCCCGGUUCCAAAAAAUUAAGUUUUCUAAAACUUGUCAGAAUAUUGUUAUCCUCUUGGGGAUGUUGUCAUUGAAUGAAAAAGGGCCCGGUGUCCUCACCUCCUAGAUCAGAGGACAGGAGUAGCAGCAGGAAUUUCCUGUUGUUAAAAUUGAGUGAUUAAUGUUAAAAGUAUCCCAAGUCGUUUAGACCUAGGUAGCUUCUGCAGGAGCUUUGAUUGGCUAUGACCAGUUUGUUUUCAGCUGAGCUUCCUAGGUCAUUGCAGUUCUAUAGUGUAAAUUGAAAUACAAAUAAUUGCUUUGUACACAAAACAAUGUAAUGAUGGUGCUAAUCUCAUGGUAUAAAUAAGCACUGCCAAGGGUUGAGGAAGUGGUGACAUGAGAAACCCCAGUUCCCGUUUGGGAAGAUAAUUUAUGUAGGUUCCUUUCAGCUCUAUGAGAGAUAGGCGGCAGGCAGUGUCACUGAUGCCUGCCAACCCAACCCUGGAGUUUUUAGUACGAUCCAGAGGUGAAGAGAUGAUCUCAAAUUCAGAUGAUGGCCACUGAGUUUCUCAGGGCUAGGGUCACCUUUGUCCCAUCCUGCCUAGGACAGUUUAGAAGAGAACUAUGGGUGUGGGGUAUCCACUACCUUCUGCUUCUCUACCUCUUCCCCUCUCGUGGCAGCAUCUCAAUUGCUUAUGAAUAAGGGCAAUGUUUCUUAAGAACGUUGGGAGUUUAUUUAGACAACUACAACCUCAAAAGAGAUGUUUUCUUACCAACAUAAGCAAAACAAAAACUCUUUUGUGGUCUUUACCCUAGAGUAGCCUUCCUGUGACUUAAGAACAUCAGACUAUGAGGGGCUCCAAGGGUAGCUCUUGGGAGCUUAGCACAGAUUGACAGGUAAACACAGGGAGCAGAGUAGAAACCAAGGAGGGUCCUGGUGUUCUUAUUCCAGGGUGGACAGAGUAGGUGGUCUCCAGGCUAUGGUGGUGCCGCCUUAUGUAUGUAGGUGAGUGUGAAAGUUGGGUGAGUACAGCACCUAGGAGCUCAUGGAAAAGCAGCUUUUUAGGUCUUGGCGAAGAAAGCUGACUAGAAAGCUCUAUUUUUUAAAUGGGGAAAAGGGUUCAGCCAAGGUCCAUCACUGUGUUCUCUCACCCCCCCCCCAACUGAUUGUCAGCUGGAAGUGAACCUCCUAGUGAAAAAGAGGGGAACCCUGUGCUAGGAGUCCCCAUAAACAUGUACUGUAAUUCUUUGUAUAUAGAAAAAAUUACUGUAAAGUAAAGUUUAACUUUACUCUUAUGGCCCUUGCCCUGUGUUUUUUAUUGUCUCUGGGGAGAUGUAGCAUAAGACAGAGGACUGACUGGUUUGGGGUAAGAGCUAGAGCCAACCUGAGCCUAAGGCCUUCAAGAACUUGAAAAUUGACCUCCCAGGUUCCACUGGCUGCCUAAUAUCCUUCCUUUCCAUUGGGAGUUGCAAAAUAUUUCUGUGUAGCCCUUGGCUGUCCUGGAACUCAAUCUGCAGACCAGGCUGGCCUUGAACUAUACCUCCAAGUGCUGGAAGUAAAGCCACCACCACUCUCAAGGGCAUUUUGAGGAAGUAAAGAGAGACGAAACCAGGGCACUGGGUUGUUUAGAGACAUCCUCACUAUGCUGUGCAGUCCAGACUCACCUCAAACUAGUCUGUCUCCUGCCUGGCUGCCCAGUUAGUGCUUAGAUGUCAGAAAAAUGGUCCCAAAAUGCCUUCUGGGCAGGAAUAGGACCAGUUGGUAUUUCUGAAAUCUUCAAAGGCAAGGGGGCCCUGAACUGGCAUCACACCCUCACACUUAACUAGAAAGGACUGCAAUACACUUCCUUGUUUAAACAGGAAGUGUUAGCCCUUUUACAUUACCAUCUAGGUUUUCAGGGUAAUUCUGAUCCUGAAAAAAUUAGCAGUUGUCUCAAUUUUUUUAUUUAUUUACUUAGGGUUUUGUGUGUUCUUUUAUUGUUUUGUUUUCUUAUGGGGGUGGGAAUUU